GAGGACUUAAAAGGAAAAGACAACAGAAAGAAUAGAAACAGAGAAAAAGAGAGAAGAAAAGACAAAAAAGAAUAGAAAAAACUUCUAGAAGACAGUGAAAGGCCAAGGAAGUUGUUGCUCAGCUGGGAAUCCACCCAGCAGACUUCAGAGACUCAGUGUGUGCCCAAGUGAACAGACAAAACCAGUGUGACUGGGGGUCUACUGGGAGGACAGACUGGUUUCUACCCACAGUGAGCAGACUGCCAAGCACCAUGGCCGACAACAUGAACGAAGAGUCGGAUUAUAACCCGGGGAAGGAUGAGCUGGACUGGGGCUACGAGGAAGGUGUAGAAUGGGGACUCCAUUUCCCAGCAGCCAACGGGGAGUACCAGUCUCCCAUUAACUUAAACUCCAGGGAGGCCCAGUAUGACCCGUCCCUCCUGGAUGUGGGCUUAUCACCAAACUACGUGGUGUGUCGAGACUGUGAGGUCAUCAACGAUGGACACACUGUCCGCAUCAUUCUCAAAUCCAAGUCAGUGGUUACCGGGGGUCCGUUGCCUAGUGAUCAUGAGUAUGAGCUUCAUGAGGUUCGAUUCCACUGGGGCAAAGAGAACCAGAGAGGAUCAGAGCACACUGUCAACUUCAAGGCUUUCCCUAUGGAGCUCCACCUGAUUCACUGGAACAGCACUCUGUUUAAUACUUUGGAGGACGCACUUGGGAAGAAGAAUGGAGUCCUCAUCAUAGCUCUUUUUGUGCAGAUUGGAAAGGAGCAUCUGGGUCUGAAGGCCAUCACUGAAGUUCUGCAGGACCUGCAGUACAAGGGGAAGAGCAAGAUAAUCCCCUGCUUCAACCCCAACACUCUGUUGCCUGAUCCUUUACUGAGAGACUACUGGGUGUACGAGGGAUCUCUGACCACACCACCUUGUAGUGAAAACGUGGCCUGGAUCCUCUACCGCUACCCUCUCACCAUCUCACAGCUACAGAUUGAGGAGUUUCGGAGGCUGCGGUCUCAUAUCAAAGGGGCGGAGCUGCUAGAAGGGAAUGAUGGGUUGCUGGGGGACAACUUCCGUCCCACCCAGCCGCUCAGUGACCGGACGGUUCGUGCCGCCUUCCAGUGACUCUCACUUUCCACUGCCAACCCAGAAAAACGAUGAGACCUACAUAUACAGAGACAGAAGGAGAGGAGGAAGAAGAGGCGUGAAGACAGGGACAGAAAGUUGAUGUGGUUGUUGAUCACUUGCAGACUGAAGGUGGACAAAGAAACUAUUGAUCUCACAUCCUCACUCUGUGUGUGUGUGUGUGUGUGUGUCUGCAUAACCUCUCUCUCAUUCUUACCCUUCAUGUGUAUUUGAGUGUAACAUCCUCCCUGCGUCUGUCUGCAGACUGUAGGUAUGUCUCCACUGUUAUUGUGUCAGUGUGUGUGUGUGUUUGUGUCCUGAUUAGAAGAUAGGACGCUUUGCGACCAGCCCGUCUCUGCUGUCACAACAAGAGGAAACACGAACCACAGAUGUACCUGCACACACACACACACUCACACACACACACACACAGCUUCACACACUCAACACACACCUGUGCUGCAUGCAGACUAUGUGCAAACACCUAAGGCUGGUCAUUAUGUGUUACAGAGUGAAUGUGCUGCACUAGAAGUUUGACACACGGAUUACAAACUGUACUGAUAACUUAAUAUUUGCUUUUGAAUCAGCUGAAUAGUCAGCAUGAAAGGAAAAUAUCUUUAUCUUAAAAUGAACUGAACCAAAUUUCUACAGAUGCAUCUGAGCUGCAGACAGACAUGUUACACAUGUACCGUGUGUUGAAAAUAGAGUUCUCAAAUGCCACUAAAAUAAAGGUUAUACACAGACCUUCUCUAUGAAAUGAAGUCCUUUUGGGGGAGACACAGAGUGUAAAAGCCACCAUGCUCUGCUUCAGGAAAUCUAUUUUACUUUCCCAAACGUCCAUUAUUAUCAAAUCUGUAUCAGUCACAUGAGUAGCUUGCAGCCGUUCAUGUCUCUUGCUCAGCUUGAUACUAAAUUUUCUCUCUGAAUUGUGUUUAUGAAAUGGUGCAAGUCCUCUGAUUACAAAGAAAGAAUGAUGGCGUUUGAUGAUUUGGUCAGAAGUUAGCUCCAUCUCACAGUUUUCACAGCCAGACUGUGGUGGUUGGACAGUAAUUAGUUUCAGGCGUUUCAGUGUGUUCAGUUCUACUCUGUCACUGCAGUAAUGGUGGAGAUGCUUGAGAGUGCAACACAUUGUCUCCAUUUGCUCCGUAAUGACUAGCUUUACGUCAGCCUAUAAUGGAAUAUAAACAGUGUAGAAGCAAUGAUGGGAUGUUGGGUUUGCAUUGAUCUUCAUCUAUUAAACUGCAUAAUAUGGUUUUAAUAUUAACCUUUUAAUGAGUAUGUUUAGGUCAUGCUCUGGUGUUUAAGUGGACACUGAUGGGCUCAGCAGUGUGUGAGCUCUGUGCAGCUGCUGCUCCCUCCUUCACAUCUACAUCCCAUCAUACACUCAGAACAGGUUCAGCUAGCCAAACUCACAUUACACAAACUCUGGGCAAUGACUUCUGUCAGACUUUUAAAUGCACACUGUUCACCUCUCCCUGUGUGAGACGGUCAGAUAUUAAAACUCUCUGCCCGUGUGUUGCUUGCCCUCUUCAUCACUGGUGUUAAUGGUUAGUCCUCUUAAUAUUGUUCCAACACAGGAACAGAAACAACAGUCUACGUGUUUAGUAUCACUGUCUGUCUUUUGGACCCUCAGCUCCAGAUUCUCCAUGAAAGUGUUGAUUACAGUUGAAGCAGAUAUACUCCAGUUGUUCUUCUCUGUAUCGUAAGGUUAAUGUCAUUGUCUUUGUUAUCUGAGUCAGUCCAGGUUUUGUGUCCCAUCAUUGUCUAAAGAAUGUCAAACACAUUUCUUCAUUUUAAAAAAGAAUGAAAUUGGUCAAAUGUAGGUGAUGUCUUCAUGAAAUGUGGACUAUUAGCAGCUUUAACCUCCAUUAACAUCAGCGGAACUCUACUCUCAUCCCUCCCUUCAUACUGUUUCAGGAGGCAGGGAGGGUUACGAGCACAGCUUUUCAGUGUGUGUGUGUGUGUGUGUGUGUGUGUGCAUAUUACCACAUUUACACCUGGCAUCAUAGUGCCAUCUGUAUCUGGACACGCUGUAUGGAUAAAAACAGGCAUGCUCAUGAAUGCUUUGAGAUGGAAAUGUGAUCAGAUCAGCCACAUCACAUUUGGAGGUGGCCAGGCUGGCACUGUGGUGGGAUUUCAUCCAGGUGUGGGUGUCCAGAUACAGAUCACAUAUCAAUACCAGGUGUACAUGUGGCCUGUGUUUGUGUGUGUGUGUGUGGUCUUUAACGGUACUGUGUCUGACAAACUGAGCUGAAAUAAACUGUGAUAACU